ACAAGUCAAAUUUGUUCAUAAAGCCUAUCCCUGACACAAAAUGCUUCCAAAAGUAAAUAACAUGACAAUGCAUAUUUUAUCUAGAUCUAGAAUCUACCCAUAAUAUAAUAAUACUGCUACGCAGAGUCACCGGCAAACUGCUGGAAGCCAAGUCAAACAGCUUACGCUUUUAGAUUAAUCUCAUAGAAAAUGUUGUCAACUCGAACUUUAUGUGCAGUGAAGCCUUGCUUCUUUACAAAGGGUCUCAGAAGACAGUUGUCUACCAAGUUUUCAUUUGUGGCCAAAGGUAGAAAAGGAUUUAUUUUAGGCUCAGUAGUAGCUGGACUUACGGGUUAUGGCCUGUAUGAGACCUAUGGCAAGUCUAGCAACUCUGUCCUGUAUGCUGCAAAACCACGUGAUUACUCAUCAUAUAAUAAAUCAAACUCCCCUCAGCCUACACUUUUAGAAGUUCCACCUUCUAUUUCAACACCACCUAGUCAACCAUCAGUGUGGACACCUGAGAAGGACCAUGCCUUAUAUCUGUGGAUACACCUGAAACCAACAGCCAAUGUUAAAUGUGUGGCCAAAGUGGCAGCUAACCUACCUCAGAUGGUGAAUAUUGUCAAUGAUCCGGAGACAAGUGUUGAGGAUGACGAAGUGCUUGCAGGAGUGGGGUUUGGUGCCCAUUUUUAUACUAAGGUAGCUGGUAAACCAAAGGAGAACUUUACCUACCUGCAUAGAAAAGGACCACUUGGAGAAAUGCCCAGCACAGGUGGAGAUAUUUUUGUGCAUGCCAAAUCAAACAAUAUGGGUGUGUUGUUUGAUUUGUGUCAGUUGUUCAUUAAAAGUCUUCCUGAAAGUUGUAUUGAAAGUUUUGAAGACAUCUACAGCUUUCAGUAUCGAAAUGGAAGGGAUCUGUCAGGAUUUAUUGAUGGCACAGAAAAUCCAGCGGAUGAGGAGGACAGGCAAAGGGUAGCUGUUGACAUAAGAACUGGUGGGAGCUAUGUGCUUACUCAGAAGUGGAUUCACAACUUACAUUUAAUUAAUAAUACCAGAUCACACACUUUGGAGAGCUGGGUAGGCAGAACAAGAGAAGACAGCGUUGAACUUGAACGCAAAUCACCAACAUCACAUGUGGCCAGGAUGACUUCAGGGGAAAUCCCUCAAGAAACAAAGCCCUUUGAGCUGGUGAGACAGUCCAUGCCAUUUGGCAAUGUUCAUGGGGAUGCUGGCUUGUUUUUUAUUGCUUAUGCUGCAAGUCCUGCCAAUUUUGAAUACAUGCUGGACAGAAUGGUGGGCGCAGGAGGAGACGCACUCAGCGACGACAUCAUGAGAAUGACGAAGAAUGUCAAAGGGACUUAUUGGUAUUUUCCAGGAAAGGAAGAGUUGUAUGACCUAGCUGUAUCUUAAACUGUUUGAAAUCAAGUUUUUCUUUUAAACAAUAGUCUUUUAUUCUGAUAAAAGCUAUUCACUUACAAUAAUAUAUCUUGUUGUAAUACAAGAAUCUCAUUGUCUUUCUAUAGUGUCUAUCAUAAUAUAAUAAAAUAUUUGCUUGGUUCAUAUCAUAAAGCUUUAACUGUUAAGCUUGCAUAAAUUGAAGUAGACAGGAGAAAAUAGUUGUUGGUAAUGAGAGUAUAACAUGCCCAUUUUUCCUGUUUUUGUACAUAGUACUUUCAGAUAUUUAUUUUUUUACAUAGCAUCUACCAAAUGUAUCUUUCAUCGCUUUAUUUUAAUUGAAUUUUGAAUAUUUUUCUUUUUUAAGAUGUUUGUUGAGUAAUAUUCUUUAGCAUGUAUUUAAUUGAAUUUCACAAUAUAUAUUCCACAUUUCACCUACUGUUGUAAGGCUGCUUUCUUUUUGUUACUUGUUUUAUAAUUUUAAUAAAAAAAUAAAUAAACUUGGGUUGUUAUGUCAUUUAUGUUUAAGCUUAAGUUGAGGGUACAACCAUAUGUUAGUCAACCAUAUGAAAUAUUCUUGUCAUCACCAUUUAAAAUCAGUAUGUUAGCUUAUGUUGAUGAGCUGAUCAUUAUUAAUCCUUUUCAACAACCAUACACACAAAUCUAAAUUUCAAAACCUGCAUAUAAUAACAGGAAAAUGCAACACAAAUUGAAAUUCACCAUAUGCAAUAUAGUGGUUUUAGACUCAUGAUUUUGCCAGAAUAUUUACACAGUACCUGAGUAACUCUGUGAUGCUGAAUAAAGAUAUCAACUGUUCAAUUCAGUGCUGAAUAGUGUUAAUAGAUUUAUUAGUUAUGAAAAGCAACUGAAGUAUUCAUUUAGUCAAGAAGUUGGUGACCUCCCAAAAACUGUUUCUGGGGUUCGAGAC